UGUCUUCUGAGACCGGAAAUACCGAAGCGUUUGCGCUUGCUAAUGAUGCCACAACACGAACAGGUCUCACCCCUUUACACGGUGCUGCUAGUCGCGGUCAUAUCGAGAUAGUACAGUGGCGGGCGAUAGCAGACAUCGAAGAUAAGGAAGGGGAAACCGCACUUCAUAAAGCAGCUCUCAACGGACACCUUCAUGUUGUGGAAUAUCUCAUCUCCUCAGCUGGAGCUGAUGUGCAUUCACAAGAUGGUGACGGUUGGACACCCCUCCAUAACGCAUGCUCCAAGGGCUAUUUAGACAUCGUUCGCUAUCUUUGUAACCAUGGCGCCACGCAGCCAAGUAAUGAUCCUCAUGCAUCACUGUCUGGAGUAGAUGUCAAGAGCAAAGGGGGCUGGACACCUCUGA